AUGCCAAUGACGGAAGUUACCAACAUCACUAAAGAAGGCAGUAAGAGACAGCUGGUCUGCAGUGGCUUUGCCGAGCUCCUGAACGUGCUGCCGAGAGGAGACAACAACACAACGGCCUUGAGGCGUUGGGAGACUAUGGGGAUUCCCAUUCUUCUGCAAAGAGUCAGCUUGAAGGAGAAGAAGCCUCUACCGAGAGUGAACCUUCGCAUAAUGCUUAGCGAGUACAUCUGGUGCUCUGAUAAGGAAGUGCAGACCACGGAUCCGGUUAAGGUCGAUUCUGAGGGCUAG